AUGCUGAUCAAUUGCUUGAACAGGGGUGUGCACACUGGUCUCUUUGUCCAAACCAGGAAUCUUCAUUGUGUCACUACACUGGCAAAGAAGGCCGUUAAAAAACCUGGCAAGGGCAAGAAAGUCGAGGAAGAUGAGGUCGUCGAGAUUGUGGAUCUUAACAGCUAUAUCCAACGCGCUACUGCUGCAUUCGAGAAAAGUACUGAACUUCACAAGAAAAGGCUGAACGAAUUGAAAGCCGGAACGUCGAAUCCCACCAUUUUUGACAAGCUGAAAGUUGGAAAAGAAAACUUCAAAUUUACAGAUGUCGCCACAACGUCCAUGAAAGGCAGAAAUAAUCUUCUUGUCACUGUGUUUGAUCCAAAGGACACCAAGUCUGUCAUAAGUACCAUUUUAGCAGCAGGAUUGAAUUUGAACCCAGAAAGAAUACCUAACAAUGUGCAGCAACUCAAGGUGGCCCUUCCGCCACCCACUACAGAGACCCGAAAGCAGAGUUGCAAAUUGCUGAAGGAUGUUUUUGAGGAGUACAAAAAUUCUGCCAACAAGAACUCGUUGGGCCAUAUCCGUGCUGAAGUACUGAAGGAAUUGAAGACAAUUGACAAGAAGAAUGAUUCCGUGAAGAAGGUCAUCCAGGACCUCGAGAAGAUACAUAAGGACUACACUUCGAAGCUUCAAGAAGCUCUUAAACAGGCCGAGAAAAGUGUUUUGGGCUAA